AUGUAUAGUACAGUAUCUGUUGGUGAUACUGCUACCUUCACAUGUAGAGCUCGAGGUGGACCUGGGAACAUGUUCCGUUGGAUCAAAGGAAAUUUUACUGGCCCUACUUUGACUGCUCCUCUUGACAUUGAUGACUUCUUGGAUGAUUUAGAUAAUAUUUCAUCAAGUUACUUUCUCUCACUUACUGUGGGUGGAGGAGCAGCAGAUGGUGGCUAUUAUUAUACUUGUAUAGUAGUCAAUGAAGCUGGUUAUGAUACUGAUAAUGUUAGUUUGCUAGUGAGGCCACAGAUACUCACAAAUCCAAUGCCACAAUAUGCAGAAGUUGGAGAUGAUGUUACAUUAAAUUGUUCUGCUGAUUCCUUCCCAGCCCCUAACUAUCAGUGGGAGAUGAUGAAUAGAACCAGUGGGUACUUUGAGCUGUUAGAUGAUGAAACUAGUUACGUAUUAACACUGGCGUCUAUCAGUUAUGAGGAGUAUGGUAUGUACAGGUGUGUAGCUACUGCUGAUGGUAUAGAAGAGAAUGCUACAUCAACUCCAGCACUUAUUACUGUAUCACCUCGUGGCAGUGUAGAUGCUACUCCAAUGUAUAGUACAGUAUCCAUUGGUGAUACUGCUAACUUCACAUGUAGAGCUCAAGGUGGACCUGGGAACAUGUUCUGUUGGGUCAAAGGAAACUUUACUGGUCCUACUUUGACUGCUCCUCUUAAUGUCACCCAAUUUUUGAAUAGUUUAAGCAUUUUCCGAUCAGGCUAUGAACUCUUAUUUACUGUGAGUGGAGGAGCAGCAGAUGGUGGCUAUUAUACUUGUAUAGUAGUCAAUGAAGCUGGUUAUGAUACUGAUAAUGUUAUGUUGUUUGUGCCACCAGUAAUUAUAUUAAAUCCAACGGAUCAAUAUGCUCAUCCAGGAGAUACCGUUACCAUUAGUUGUAUGGCUGACUCCUACCCUCCCCCUACUUAUCAAUGGCAGGUAUUAAACACUGAUACUAAUAUGUAUCAAGAUAUUAAUGGAGAGACAAUGACGAAUUUCACCAUUGAAAACAUUGAUUAUGAUCAGUUUGAUAUGUAUCGCUGUGCAGUAACUACACCAGUCAUUAAUGAAAGAAUAUACUCACAACCAGCACUGAUUACUGUAUCUCCUAACAGCAGUGUCAGUAUUGAUCCUGAUUUACACAUAGCUGAUAAUGGCAGUGACAUUACUUUUACCUGCUCAGCAAAUGGAGGUCCAAACAACACAUUCCUUUGGGUCAGAAGUGAUGAAUUCGAAAAUCUUAUAAGUCUAAGUUCUAUUCUACAAAACCUUCCAUUUCAAAACACCAUUUCAGUACAAGACGUAGUAGACGAACUAUCUACCAUUACUUUAGAAACUGGCACUACUUUUAGCAUAUACAACAUCAAUGCAACGGAGGAUGGAGGUGAAUAUCUAUGCAUAGUCCUUAAUGAAGCUGGCAUUGAUUCAAACAACACACUACUCCUUGUACGUCCAGUAAUUACGAUUCAGCCACAAGAGGUACUCACUGUUGCUAAUGUCAGCGUAUCAUUGAACUGUCUUGCUGACUCUUUUCCACCUCCUUAUUAUCGAUGGAGAUACACACCUACUAAUGGAAUGUCUCAGUAUGUACCUGGAGCUAAUGAAUCUACACUGGUGUUCCCUUCUAUAAAUUAUGUGGAGUUUGGUUCGUAUGUUUGUAUUGCUUCUUCUGAUGGUAUACAAGAAACUGCUACCUCAGAUAUUGCUGUUGUUACUGUGUCUCCAUUGGGUAGUGUGUUCAUUACUCCUCAAGUCAAUAACUCGUUUGAGGAUCAAAGUGUAACUCUGACCUGUGGCGCUCAUGGUGGACCUAAUAAUGGUUUCCAAUGGAAUUAUACUAGAACUGGACAGAUCGUGGGAAUGGAUCCUGAUUAUACAUUAACUACUAGUAUAGAGACUGCUGGAUACUAUCAGUGUAUUGUUAGUAACAGAGCUGGGAGUGAUGAUAAUACUGCUACUGUUAAUGUUGGUCCAGUUAUUACUGUUAAUCCAGUGAGUAUUAAUGUCAGUAUUGAAGUGAAAAAUAUCACAUUAAACUGUACUGCAAGAGGAUUCCCUGUACCUACCAUUACAUGGGCACACAAUCAAUCACUGAUUACAUCAACAGAAGACGAAAUAUUGAUAUACACUGUCCCAACAUCAUAUCUACGGACUGUACUAAGUACAAUAAUCAUUAACCCAGCAAUGGCUAAUAACACUGGGGACUAUGUGUGUAUAGCUAGCAGUCCUUUCUAUAAUAGUGUCAAUAGUACAGUAGCACUGGUCCUUGUUCAAGAGGUUCCUAAAAUACCAGUCAACCUCAGUACCUCUGACGUUACCUCUCAUAACCUAACCCUCUCGUGGGACGAACCCCAUCCUAACAAUGCUCCUAUUCUAGGAUAUGAUAUUGCAUACACUGAGCCUGACUUUUUAGGUGAAAGGGAAAUAGUACUAACAGUUAAUGGAUCAAUAGAGACUUUCUUUAUUGAUGGGCUGCAUCCAGGGGUCACUUAUGAUUUUACUGUCAAUGCAUUCAAUGAGGAAGGAGAUAGUGGGUUUAGUGAGCCAUUUACUCAACGUACCCUUGAAGAAGUCCCCUCUGGAUUCCCACAAGGUCUGUCAUCCUCCACAAUAAACUCCACUGCAGUUAAUGUCACUUGGAUGCCAGUACCACCAGCUCAAAGGAAUGGCAUCAUAAUUGAGUAUACAAUAUUCAUCACAACUGAUGUAGAAUUUGUCAAUGAUACGACUCAAGAUAUAGCAUCAGCAACUACACUACAAUACACAUUCACUGGAUUAGAGGAAUAUGUUAAUUAUACAUACACUAUACUGGCUAGGACUGCUAUUGGGGAUGGACCUAUUAGUGGUAGUACUACUAGUCUUACUAAUGAAGCAACUCCUGCAAGUCCACCACAAGAUUUUACUGUCAACAACACAAAUCCAAACAACAUAACACUUUCUUGGUCUCCUCCAAUAGAGCGAGACAUUAAUGGUGUCAUUGAUUUCUACACCAUUAGAUAUUUCAUCAUUGAGCAACUAGGAGUGGACCCUGUUGAUGGAUCAAUCAAUGCCCUCAAUGUACCAGCUACUAGUGUGACAUUGACUGGUCUUGGUAAUUAUACAGUUUAUGAUAUAUCAGUGAAUGCAGUUACUGUUGGAGAGGGUCCUAGUACUUCAUUGACUCAGAGGACAGCUGAGAAUGUUCCUAGAGCUCCACCACAGAUGGUCACAGUAAUUACUAAUUCGGCUACCACUAUUAAUGUGAGCUGGGCUACUCCUCCAUUGGAUAUGACAUUUGGCAUAAUAAGAGAAUAUGAAAUAUUAUAUGGAAAGUAUAAUGCUACUACUGGUCAACUGAUCAAUGGCACUGACCCUAUCAGAAAAGUUAAUGUGACUAAUGAUACUUUUAUGUUUGUCUUUGGUGGCCUGCAAGAAGCAAGGGAAUAUGGAUUUCAGGUUAGGGCAGUUACAGUUGGUCCUGGUCCUUAUUCAGUAAUAAUGACUAAUACAACAUUUACAGCACCUCCUGCUGCUGCUCCUCAAAACCCAAGGGCUCCUCCUCAAAAUGAGAUAGGGCCUACAUCAGUCACACUAUCAUGGGACCCAAUCCCUGUUGAUGAAGCUAAUGGAGCCUUGCAAUACUUUGUUAGCAUUGAUGUAGAAAAUCAGGUUUCAGAUAAUGGUAACAGGAGGAAAAGACAGAUACCUGCUACUGCUACUAACACUCUACAGCAAUGUAUUGAUGCUACUGGUAUAACUAAUACAUUUAGUUUCACCUUACCAGGGACUCAGACCACUCUUACUCUAACUAAUAUUGCUCCAUAUACAAAAUACAGUUUCACUGUUACUGGGCUUGCUUUAGGUGGUAGUGGCCCUACAUCUAAUAGAACGUCAUUUAUGACACCUCAAGGAUUUGCAACUAUCCCCCAGUUACUUACAGUAGUCAGUCAAGCUAGUCCAACUUCAUUAUUGAUAUCAUGGUAUCCACCACUAUGUUACAAUGGAAUUUUGGAUGGUUACCAGAUAUUCUACAGAGCACUACAAUUACAUGGAGAUCUAGGCAAUCCUACUUCGCCUAUAAGAAUUAAUGUACCAGCUACUACAGCAUCUAAUACUACUCAGUUAACUCAGUUAAUAACUGGUUUAACUCCUAACACUGAGUAUGAGGUUACGAUAUGUGCCACUAAUGGAGCUGGCUGCGGUCAAAAUGACACUGUUACUGUAUCAACAGCUAAAGCUGGCCCUACUCUACCUAUUGCUGCAAACAAUGUAACCUUUACAAUUGGAGCCACUACUGCUAAUAUAUCAUUUACAAUACCAAAGAUAUCCUGUGCGCCUGAAAACUACAGUAUUAUUUAUAUUGGACUCUUAUUUCAGACAGAAUGGACUGUGUCAGGGAUUACAUUGAGUACCAGUAACAUCAGUACUGUUAAUAAAAGAUAUAUGAUUGGAUUAACUGAUCUUGAAGAAAACAACACAUAUCAAUUUAUUGUUAAUUCUACGAACUGCUUGGGAACAAAUACCACAGAAACAAUGAAUCUUACUACACUACCAGCAUUACCAGCAAGUUCUCCAACUUCUUGCAUAAACGUUACAUUUUUGCCUCACAAUGUUACUCUAAGUUGGGCUGAACCAGCAUUAAUUGAUCAGAAUGGAGCACCUGUUGGUUACAAUCUAUCAUGUACAAGUAUUGAUGGUAUAUCAGUUAGUGGAUUGAAUGCAACACAGAAGACAACAAUUACAGUUUUCACCGUCAGGGAUGUUAUGCCUUUUAACGACUACAUUUGUAAUCUUACAUUUAUCAACGUAAUAGGACAAGGACCUCCUACUGUGUGUACAUUUAGUACUGCACAAGAUAUACCAUAUGAGUAUCCUCAGAAUUUCACUUCUAUUCCAGAUAAAACUUUUGUGUCUUUUUCAUGGAAAAGGCUAUCGAGCCCUAAUGGAAUUAUUACUCAUUAUAAUUUAAGAGUAGUUAAUUCAGAUGAUUCAAAAGUGACUAACAUUACUAUAGAUACAGAUCCUAAUGUACAGGUCAUAGAGACAGUUGUUGCUGGUUUCAGUCCAUAUCAGAAUUACACUGCUAGUGUUAGUGCUAGUACAAUCAUUGGAGCUGGACCAGUGGCUACUACUGCAGGAAGAACACUACCAGAUGUUUCUAGCUCACCUAUUUUGGUGGUGUUUCCAGUUGUUAUCAAUGACUUAAUAAUAGCUCAUACAAUACCGAUUAUCAAUGAUAGCUCUAUUAAUAUAACGUGGAGUCCACCAGAUUAUCCUAAUGGAAAUAUAAUUGGAUUUGUUGUUAGAGUAGCCACGGAUGAUAUUGCUAGUCCUAGUAAUAUUCCAUUUGUUCCUGGCAAAAUGUCGUACACAUUAAUUUUUGGAGGAUUAAAGCCUAGAGUAUCAUAUUAUAUUGCCAUUGCAGUCAUCAAUGAUGUUGGUGAGGGAAAUUCAGCAACUGCUAUUGUCUUCACUAAAGCCGAUAGUAGUGUUACAGUAUCACCAUCAAAUGUACAAGCAAUGAGAAUAGGAGAUACAAUAGUGUUAUCAUGGGAUCCAGUGACACUAGAAGAAGCUAAAGGAUUCUUUGUAUACAGUAUCAGGUUAACUCCUGAUGAUGGUAGCACUAGCAGUACAUUAAGACAAACUAAUACAAGAACUAUAUCAGUAGCUUAUGAUACCACAUCAGUUAAUAUAACUGAUACUGAACCACAGUUAGCUUAUACUGUGAGUAUUAGUGUAUUGCUAUUGAGUGAUGUAGGACUAAUUGAAGGACCAGCAAUUCAUACCUCCCUAACAACAUCAACUCCUGGCGGUAAUGAUGAUGGAAAUAUUAUUCUCUUGGUAAUUGUGAUAGUGCUAGUUGCAUUCAUAAUACUGACAGCAUCACUUAUUAUUGUGUGUGUGGUUGUUGUAGUAAAGUACAAGAAGCAUUCAAAGAAAUUUGAUUUGAGACCAGAUGAAAUUAAUGUAGCACCUAAUGAAGGUUAUGGUUUGAUGGCUAUUUUGAAUGCUUCUGAACCACAGAAUAGUGAAGGAAUUUAUGACAGAGUGGAUUUGAAUGAUAGUUUAUAUGAACAGGUAAAUGAUGACCUACAGGAAAUUCCAGCCAUAGAACAAAAUGUUGAUGCUUAUGAAAGUAUUGCUACAGUUGCCAGCAGUAAUGAAGAUGAAAUUAAGGAAGAAGAUAAAGACUAGCUACUCUCAUAGUGGUGUCUACUCAUUGAAAAGUCUUAUUGCUAACUGACUAAAGCAACAUUAAAUAAUUUUGUGCAAGUAAACAUAUGCACAUGUUUUAUUUUGUAGCAUUGCUAUAAUUUUAGUCUCUAGACCUAGAAUUAGAAUUAAAAUGA